UCAGACAUUGAAAUUCAGGACUUACAGAGACAUUUUAACAGACUGUGUUUCACAUCGCCUGCCCAGGCUAUUAGAAUUCAGCCAUUAUCUGCUAAAAGGACAAAAUUUAACAGAAGAUGCUUUUCGUCCUAUCUGGGUGCCUGAACGCGCAAUCAGACAUGGAAGAGAUAGAACCGAGAUUCAAGCAACUGAAGAUUGACCCGGAGAAGCCCCCAUCCAAAAGGAAGAGAUAUCGAAAAAGACAGAGAAACCAGAUUGACCCAGCCGAAAAGCUGAUUUCAUGGGAAGACGUGAAGAAGCUAACAACACAGGCUUCCCGAAUAAUUCGACUCCUAAGAAAGAACAGGACCCCAGUCUUGAUGGUAGCUACAGUAAUUGCCCUGCUGGGCUGUCAGGUAAAGGGGAAUCAGAUAGACACUUACUGGACAUAUUUCCCAGAUCCACCCCUGGUACACCCAGAUGUGUGGACUGGAGAAUCUAUUCCAGUGUUUACUAAUGACUCAUUCAUGAUGGGAGGAUUUACAGAUACACAUAUUACUCCCAAUCAUGUGACUAGAUUUAAUUAUUCUGGCUACAGUGCCCAAUUACCUUUGUGUUGGUCCCAAGAUAAACACGCUGGCUGUCUGAAAGUAUCAUUUGAGGAAAAGACAGCGAUUGGUAGACCUAGACUGACUAAUUAUUCUAUUUAUGGAGACUUAAAACCUUAUACUAAAUCAGUAAUUAAGAUGGGACUUUCCCAUAACAAGCCAAUCAUUUCUGCAAAACCUCCACGGAUACCCCACUGUCCAAAUAGUUCUACAAUUGAUAUUGGCACCUUUCCUAGAUGGAUGGAUUGUGUAAAUACUUUUCCUGUACAACAUAAGGUGUCUAAAGAUACUGGGUAUAUCUUAGACUGGUCUCCAAAAAUUGAUGAGACAAUUACGAAAAAAUUCUGCUAGACACCUGCAAGAUUUGUUAGUAAUAUUUUGACUUACAGUGAGGGUGGUAUUCAAAAAGAUGUUUGGCACUUAAUUGCUGCCUCAGAAUUCUUACAUUUUACAGAAAAGCCUUUACCAAAAUUUGUUGGCAAGAACUGUAAGGAGGGAUCUUGGCUUAUGAGCCUGUGUUCAAUCUCCUUAUGUUUUAAUUAUUGGAAAUGUAAAAGUUAAAUGGAUAGAUGACAGAUAUGUUGUUACAUGUAACAAAUGUAACUUAACCAAUUGUAUUACUAGGUAUAAUGGAGGAAAAGGAGUGCUGAUACUUCAUCAGCCCUCUUUUGUUUUAUUACCUGAUAAUAUUUCAGAGCCAUGGUAUGCUGAUACAGGUUUACAAGUCUUGCAGCAAAUUCAUGCCCAGUAGCAAGACCUAAACGUGCUAUUGGAAUUAUAAUUGUUGGUGUUUUGGCAUUAGUUUCUUUCAUUGCAUCCACUGUUUCUGCAUCUCUGACAUUGUCUCAAAAUAUUCGCAAAAUUUCUUAAUAAUUUAGCUCAAAAUACUUCCAAGGCUCUGUGUAAUCAAGUAAAUAUUGAUGAAAGGAUUGAGACUAAAUUAAACGCCUUAGAGGCGACUGUUAGAGACAUAGGUAAUGAACUUUCAGCUUUCAAAUUUAAAGAAAGGCUUAAAUGCCACGCAAAUUAUAAAUAUGUGUGUGUUACAGCUGCCAAGUACAAUGCUUCUCUCUCGGAUUGGGAGAAGGUUAAAAACCAUUUGUUAGGUAUUUGGCAAAAUAAUAAUAAUAGCUUGGAUCUUUUGGAACUUCAUCACCAUAUCCAAGACAUUCAAAUCCUUCUUCUUUGGCUAACCAAAUAUUGAAGGAGUUAAAUGGAUUUAACCCUGGAAAUAUUCUUAAACACUCAGCCUGAUACAUUAUUGGAUUGUUCUCUUUGCUGUAAAUUCUCUUUUGUGUUGUAAUUAUAGGAUGG